CUGAUCUUAUACUAUUGGACGUGUAAUAAGGACAUACACGACCAAGUGAUAGUAUAUUCUGUUUAAAUGGCUUUUCAAUUAAGUAAACCAGGACGUAUCAAUUAUUGUUUCACAACGGGACAAAGCAGAAACUACAUGUUGGAGUUUAAAAAUAUCCAACUUUAGUGUAAGGACCACAAGAUGGCAGCAAUACACCAUGCAGAGUCUGAUAACUGGAGAAAAUACUUUUUUUUUGCAAGGAAAUAUAAGCGGACUUGAUUUCAGACAUUACGGUCGGAAACAUAGGCAUGCAUAUAUAUUAUAAUACUUGUCGUCUGUAUAAUUAUAAUAUAAUCUGUGCUCAUUGUAUUUGGAUGCCAAACUGUUUUAAUUUUGUUUUUUAGUGUACAUCCACAUACAAUUAAUGUCAGCACCGGGCUCCCAGAGACUACGGGAACGAUGCUAUUGAACAUAUUACACAUGCAACAACCCCACAUUUAAAUGAAAUUACCAUGCUAGUUUUUGUAUAAUUGUAGCAUUGAUCUCCUCCUUGCAGCGACCACGAGGCAUAUAUAUAUGUAUAUACAAGCGGGACCAUUUACACAACUGUCUGAAUACGCUCUAAACCUUAACGUCUCGCAUCUCUACAUGUAUUUCCCAAAUUCGCAUUAAUCAUUCAUAUCACUUUAGCUUUAAAGUGGGCUUCUCCUCUUCCAGGAUUCAUCACUGGUCGCCCCCUCAGAGGUAAACUCCAUUUGGUGAAGCGGAAGGGAGAUUCCUCUGCUGUACCAAUCAUACACCCCCACCUCUGUAUGAUGGUGCCGUUACGCACUACUAUAAUAAACGGAGACGUGACUUUCUGUGGCGAAUCCCUGCUGACGUCACUCCCAGACCCAUAUAAAUAUCCCCUGCAGCGCCUCUGAACUGAUCAAACAAAACCGCUUUUUCGAACUACAACUCCUCAAAGCCAAGGAAUAUUGGAUUUCCCUCUUUGGAUUGAAUUGGCAAUCCUCCGUCAAGGCGCAAUGACUUUGAACAAGGGUGACAAAUUGCGAAACAUGGACAGGAGAAGAGGAAGCAUGCCGUUCCCCAUGACCCUACCCAACCUACACCGGCGGAGCAUGCCUGUGGACGACCGGGACCUACGCUCCGCGAUGCCCGAGACCCGGCAGACCGACGAGCUGUCCAACCUCCUGCGCUGCACGUCCUACUCCCCGAACGAGGAGCACCGAGGCAGCUACGCGUCGGACUCCUCCGACUCCGUCAUCUCCACCAGCAGCGAACCGGAGGCCCCGGUGUACAAGGUGGUUCUCCUCGGGGAGCACGGCGUCGGCAAGUCGAGCCUGGCGCGCGUCUUUGGAGGGGCGGAGGACGCCUGUCACGACUGGGACGAAGCAGGAAACACUUAUGACAGAUCUAUUGUGGUGGAUGAAGAAGAGUCAUCCAUUGUGUUGUAUGACAUCUGGGAACAGGACAACAGCCAGUGGCUGCAGGACCAGUGCAUGAGGAUGGGUGACGCCUACAUCAUCGUGUAUUCAGUCACAGACAAAUCAAGCUUUGAGAAGGCAUCAGAACUGCGUAUUCAGCUGCGCCGGGCCAGGCAGUCCGAGAACAUUCCCAUUAUCCUUGUGGGCAACAAAAGUGACCUGGUGCGGUCCAGAGAGGUGUCUGCAGAUGAGGGAAGCGCCUGUGCAGUGGUUUUUGACUGCAAGUUCAUCGAGACGUCUGCGUCCCUUCACCACAAUGUCCAUGACCUAUUUGAGGGCAUCGUCAGACAGAUCCGCCUGAGGAAAGACAGCAAGGAGGAGAACGCACGACGCAUGGCCAACUGCAGGCGCAGAGAGAGCAUUGGCAAGAAGGCCAAGCGGUUUCUGGGCCGCAUGGUUGCGCGCAAAAACAAGAAGAUGGCUUUUAGGCAGAAGUCAAAGUCCUGCCAUGACCUAACAGUUCUCUGAGGAGCAGACGGGACGGACGGACAUGUUUUUCUUUGACCUUUGAAGACCGGAUGCUGUGUGUGUUUUAACACUAACCCUAAAGGACAAAAAGAGCUGUACAGAAAAAUAUUUUUACUUUGUAGACACCAACCAAAUGCAAAGAGCAGACAGAGAUAAUAACAAUGACACCAUUCAAGUCAUAUCACGACCAUGGUGGUAACCUGCAUGAAGCUUUACAAACUUUUUAAAAAAAUAAUUUCUGUUUCCAUUAAACAUGUUGCUGUCAUUAUAUGGCGUAUGUAUGAAUAAUCCACAGAGGCUUGUUAUUUGUAAAGAGUUGCACAGAUUGCCUUGCAGUUGGGUUAUUGUUGUACUCCUUUAUUGGAGGAGAGUGAUGUAAAUACUAAAACCUAAAUAACGUGGAAUGCAUCCUACAUCUCAUUAUCUGCUAAGACAUGGUAAAAGGAAUCCCAAUACUUGGUCAUCUGGAGUCAUAUUUACUUGAAACGUGGUACGCAGGUUCGUGCCCCGGCAAAGUUAUUGCGGACUAAAGAAACGAGAAAACUGUUUUUCUAUGUUGUUCUAUAACAUUGAAUUCAGGAUGUGAAUGUAUGAGUUAAGCAAUAAGUUAUAGAAGUCUUGUGAACCUCAACAUUGUUUAGAAAUUCUUUGUUUACCUUGAU